UAAACAAGCAAAACGAAACAAAAACAGAAACUCAAACAACUCAGCAGGCAUGUCCAUCGCCAUGGACAUCAGUUCUCGUGCGCUCGCGUUUGCCAGAGCACCGGCAAGAGACAACAAAGAUGGAAGACGACGACGUCGAAGCUGGGCCAAGCGCCGGAAUGAAACCUAACUUCUUUUACUCGGCGACUAGGGCCCGCAGGUCUCGAUUUGUGCCGCUCGAAGACGCAGAUGAAAUGUUCGCCCAACUUGGUAAUGGAAAUGUAUCAGACGUUGGAGAGAAUGAAGAUGAUGACGAAGAUGAUUUCAUUCCCGAGGAAACAGGAAGCGAUGACUGUGUCCUUGAUUCGUCGGAAACUUCUGGAGAAUCAGAUGAAGAGCAACCAUGUAAUGAAAUGUCAUGGUCCAAAAGAGCUUUUGAUAAACCAUCUGCUGAUUUUACUGGUGUUUGUGACGAAAAUGAGCCUUGCCUUGACGAGCUGCCAACUCCGUACGAAUAUUUCUCGCGCUACGUGCCGAAGAGCGUGUUUGUUGAACUGGCUAACAAAACAAACGUGUAUUCUGUGUUCAAAGAAGGAAAAUCGGUCCAAACGAAUGAAGAAGAAAUAAGGAAGCUUAUUUCUCUACACUUGCUAAUGGGAGUCGUUAAAUACCCCCGUCUGCGCUUAUACUGGAAGCCCAUUCUCAAAACAGAAAUGUUCGCGAAUGUGGAAAUGUCCCGGAAUCGUUUUGAAAAACUUCGCAACUGCCUACACAUUGUGGAUGUCAAUCAAGAGAACGAUGCAAGUGACCGCCUCUGGAAAGUGAGACCGCUGCUCAGUUCCUUCCAAAAAGAUGCCAUGAUAUUGUGCUGGAGGAACGGUUAUGCAUUGAUGAGCAGAUAAUCCCUUUCAAAGGUAAACUAGACAUAAAACAAUAUGUAAAAGGCAAGCCUAAACCGUGGGGCGUCAAGGUAUAUAUGCUCUGUGGAGCUUCUGGCAUCAUAUACGACUUCCUUAUUUAUCAAGGGUCCACUACCCGCCUGAAUCCAGAAGAAAAGAAGGAAUUCGGCGUCACAGGUGCUCUGGUUCUGCAUUUUACAUCAAGAAUACCGAAUGGACUUGGAUACAAGAUGUUCUUCGACAAUUUCUUCACAUCGUUGCCUGUUAUUCGAGAGCUUGACAAGAAGAAGAUUUAUGCUGCCGGCACUAUACGGAUAAAUAGAACCCAAAAGUGUCCUUUGAAAUCAGAAAAGGAAUUGAAGAAAGAAGGAAGAGGCUCCCAUGACAGCUUAGUAAGCAGCGAUGGAAAAAUUGCCAUGACACGGUGGUUGGAUAAUCGGGCCGUAAACAUGGCAUCUAACUUUCUAGCCAUUGAAGAGGAAGAUUGUGUGUCACGAUGGAGUAAGGCAGACGGUACAUUUAUCGAAGUCAAACGGCCUGCAGUUGUUCGAGAAUAUAAUAAGAGCAUGGGAGGAGUUGACAAGACAGACUUCCUUGUGUCACUCUACAGGACCAACAUUCGUUCAAGGAAAUGGACCUUACGCGUCAUUGCACACUUUAUGAACCUGGCUGUUACCAAUUCCUGGCUUGAAUAUCGGCGGGGUGCUGAGCUCCAAGGAAUACGCAUGAACGAUCAGAUGGACCUUCUGGAUUUCACGCUACGUGUUGUGGAAGCGCUAGCAAAAGCUGGUGUGGCUGACAUGCCACGAAAGCGUGGAAGGCCAUCUUCUUCCCCAAUGCAGCCAUUGAAAAAGUUGCAGUAUGGCAACCGAAGGCCAGUUGAAGAUAUCAGGUACGACCAAGUUGGUCACUGGCCUAUUGCAAAAGAAGAACAGCAGCGCUGCAUGUUUGAAGGCUGCAAGGGGAAGCCAAGAAUCAAAUGUGAGAAGUGCAAUGUUCACCUCUGUCUCACAAAUGCAAGAAAUUGCUUCAAGGAAUUCCACAUCCAUCACUGAAAAUGACACAUUGCCAGUAGCUCAAGUAUUGGCAAAUAGAGAUACCACACAACGGAAAAUAGACGUCAGCCACGAAGAAGUGUCAGCUGCGCAUCUGUCUCCACGCGCACACCUCGUGUGAACUCAGCGGCUGUUUGUCUUCAUCGACGGGUUGGUUUCUUUGUCUUCUUCAAAAACAUCUGAGAAUGUGCACUCCACACUGCAGCUUCAAGAUUAGCAACUUUUACUGCGUCGAAGUAUGUUUGUAACUUGGAAAAUAAACAUUUACAAAAGAUACACUCUUGUCCCUAUUACACCCACUGGGCCCUCAUGUACUCAUUUGAGGACAUGAUCCCAGACAUUACAUGAAACUAAACACAAACAGUUUUUUCAUAAAUUUCGGUUUCUUAUGCGGCAAAGAAGCGAAAUACCAUGGUAGAAAAAAUAUAGGUGCGAUAA